AUGUUGGUCCUCGUGAUUGGCGACCUGCACAUCCCCUUCCGCGCACACGACUUGCCGGCCAAGUUCAAGAAGCUGCUGGUGCCCGGCAAGAUCCAGCAGAUCAUCUGCACGGGCAACGUGUGCAACACCGACUACCUCCACUACCUGCGCACCAUCGCUGGCGAUGUCCACCUCGUCAAGGGCGAAUACGACGACAAUCCGCAUUUCCCCUCGAGUCUCAUCCUCAACCAUGCACCGCUACGCAUAGGCGUGCUCCACGGCCACCAGGUCGUCCCGGCUGGCGACACCCAGUCGCUCGCCGCCGUUGCCCGCGCCAUGGACGUCGACAUCCUUCUCACCGGUCACACGCACCGCUUCGAGGCAUUCGAGCUCGAGGGCCGCUUCUUUGUCAAUCCGGGCAGCGCAACAGGCGCGUGGCAUCCCACCUGGCCACUUCGAGACCCUGCCUCCGUCGCAGCGCUCGCAGAAAAGGCGGCUACCAAGGCGAGUCAAGCCGAUGCAUCCGGUGCCGACGCAAAGAAGUCCGAUAAGAACGCCACGGAAGAGGCAAGCACCAAGAAGAACAAGACCGACGACGCAGCCAAAGCAAAGCCAACAGAUGCAACGGCCGCAGAAAAGGACGGCGCAUCCGCCAAGCAAGCAGACGGUGCCAAUGAGGAUGACGAAGAGCUCCAUGUCAAGGAGGCGCCAGCGCCCAUCCCAAGUUUCGCACUGCUCGACAUCCAAGGCGCAGUUGUGGUCACGUACGUAUACCAGCUCAUCGACGGCGACGUCAAGGUGGAGAAGAUCGAGUACCGCAAGAACCUCGACAGCAACGCCUUGUUGCAACGUGGGACAGCCGGGGCUCCUGCCGUGGGCGCAGUCGGAGGUGCAUAUGGCCAGCAAGCAUCGCGAUGA